AUGGCCACAGUUCCUCCGCCUCCCGCUGGGAUCAAUCUCGACGAGAGCAGGAGGGCUUCCAUCAUGGUGACCUCGAUAGUCACUUGGAUUCUAGCAGUAAUCGUCGUUGGGUUACGCAUUCUAGCCCGUCGCAUGAAGAACAUUAGCCUAUGGAUAGACGACUGGCUCAUUAUUGCGGCCUUGGUUCCCUCCUGCGCUCAUGUCUUUGGGAUGGGUGUAUACGCUGUCAGUCGUGGCCUCGGUAAACAUGUCUGGGCAGACCCCCCAGAUGCGCAAUACGCGUGGGCAAUUGGACUGUUCAUCGCUGAACUGGGAUAUUUCGUGACCAUUGCGUGCGUUAAAUGGUCCAUCCUUGCCUUCUAUUGGCGUUCAUUCAAGAUCAGAAGCUCCGUCAAGAUCCCCAUCUACAUCCUAGCCGUCAUAGUCCUGUUGUGGGCUACUGCUGUCAUUCUUGUGACUAUUUUUCAAUGCCAACCUACCAGUGCUUGGUGGAACCGCUUCAAUCCGACGCAUCCUUUACGGCCAGACCAAUACGGAUGUACCGUGGAUUCGGUCAAAUUCUUCUACGGAAAUGCAAUCCCAACCAUAGUCACCGACGUUUUGAUGCUCGCCUUGCCUCUUCCCUAUAUCACGAAACUGCAGCUUCCCAGGGGGCAAAAAUGGGCUCUUGCCGGGAUAUUCCUCGUGGGACUCUUUGUCACGAUCGUCUCCAUUGUGCGUCUUCACUACCUCCUCCAAGGCAACUUGACCAGUCCAGACAUCACCUGGAACUUUGUCGAUAUUGCUCUCUGGUCUGUUCUUGAAGGAAACGUGGCCAUUUUCUGCGCUUGUCUUCCCUUCUUGCGGCCAGUACUAAGCAGAUUCACUUUUGGCAUCUUCAGCCUCUCGUCGCUCCCUUCAAAGAAGCAGCAGCCGUCGAGCGGUACAUUAAGGAUGAGCCUCCACCAUAGGGAUGCUCCCCGAACUUGGCAAAGGGAUAGCCGAUUCGUAACCGCAACUUCUCAUUCCCGAGCGUACAGCACCACCAACGAGACGGACGAGCACCCAUUUGCGCAUCUCACAGACGAUGGCUCAGAGCAUAGCGUGCCUGUCAAGGAGAGGUCAGAUUGCCCACGCAUUGAGCUCGCAAAUGUCUCUGUAGGAGGAGACGUUGUUCAGCCCAGCGGCAUAGUCAUUACGCGCGAGUUCCAUCUACAGCACCAAGACGUAUAA